AUGAUUUUUCAAUCUUUUAUACUAGGUAAUCUAGUAUCCUUAUGCAUGAAGAUAAUAAAUUCGGUCGUUGUGGUUGGACUCUAUUAUGGAUUUCUGACCACAUUCUCCAUAGGGCCCUCUUAUCUCUUCCUUCUCCGAGCUCGUGUUAUGGAAGAAGGAGAAGAAGGAACCGAGAAGAAAGUAUCAGCAACAACCGGUUUUAUUACGGGACAGCUCAUGAUGUUCAUAUCGAUCUAUUAUGCGCCUCUGCAUCUAGCAUUGGGUAGACCUCAUACAAUAACUGUCCUAGCUCUACCGUAUCUUUUGUUUCAUUUCUUCUGGAACAAUCACAAACACUUUAUUGAUUAUGGAUCUACUAACAGAAAUUCAAUGCGUAAUCUUAGCAUUCAAUGUGUAUUCCUGAAUAAUCUCAUUUUUCAAUUAUUCAACCAUUUCAUUUUACCAAGUUCAAUGUUAGUCAGAUUAGUCAACAUUUAUAUGUUUCGAUGCAACAACAAGAUGUUAUUUGUAACAAGUAGUUUUGUUGGUUGGUUAAUUGGUCACAUUUUAUUCAUGAAAUGGGUUGGAUUGGUAUUAGUCUGGAUACAGCAAAACAAUUCUAUUAGAUCUAAUAAGUACCUUAUGUCAGAAUUGAGAAAUUUUAUGGUUCGAAUCUUUAGUAUUCUAUUAUUUAUUACCUGUGUCUACUAUUUAGGCAGAAUACCGUCACCCAUUCUUACUAAGAAACUGAAAGAAACGGAAGAAAGGGGGGAAAGUGAGGAAGAAAGAGAUGUAGAAAAAACUUCAGAAACGAAGGGGACUAAACAGGAACAAGAGGGAUCCACCGAAGAAGAUCCUUCUCCUUCCCUUUUUUCGGAAGAAAAGGAGGAUCCGGAAAAAAUCGAUUUUAAAGAGACACGAUAUAAAAAUAAACCCGUUUAUGAAACUUAUUAUCUGGAUGUGGAUCGGAAUCAAGAAAAUUCGAAGUUAGAAAUAUUUAAAGAAAAAAAAGAACUCCUCUGGAGUAAAUUAAUAAAAAGAUUAAUACAUAAGAUAUAUACACUAAAAGAUAGGAAGAGAUUCGACCGACACCUACAUAUUUAAUACCUUCUCCUACGAAAAAACUCGAAAUACCGACCCCAUUCGUA